AUUAAGUUUACUGUCCCUUUAAGGUUUAAUAGUAUAUGUUGACUGUGUACAGGAGAAUAAUAAGACUUCGUUUCCAUCCACACAUUCUAGUAUUCAGAACCUGUUUUCUGGAUUGCUAGACUCUGCUGCAGAAAAGGGAAACACUGUAAAAAACCACAUAUCUCAACACUUCUCAACAGAAGUUUCCAAAGAAGUUGAUUCUGAGAAUGGUGGAAGAAUGAGACGAGAAGAGGAUGCUGAUGCUGAUGCUGAUGCUAAUGCUAAUGAUGAUGAGUUACAAUCCUCAAAUCCUAAAAGAAAAUUAAACACGAGAACAAGACGGGCGUAUCAUUAUGACAGCCGUUUAGUUGCCACACUUCUUGAUGUUUGUAUUACUAAUGGAAAUAGGGAAGGGUACAUGAAGGAACUAGCUGUACAUGUACAAGUACAUACCUACGGCAACUGUGGGGUUCCCUGUCCUGGAAACAGUACAUCAGAGUGUCUUCAAUAUUUAUCAAAAUUCUACAAGUUCCUGUUGGUGUUUGAAGCUGAUAUUUGUGAGCACUACGUUUCUAAUCUUGUUUACCAGGUUCUCCAAACCAGCAUGGUGCCGGUCGUCUUCGGUGGGGGAGAUUAUUCCAAGGAUUUGCAGCCAGGAUCUUAUAUUGACGCAAUGCCGCAGACUCCUGAAAAUCUGGCUCAUUUUCUCAUUUACCUGGACAAACAUCAACCAGUAUUUAAUACAUAUACACAG